AAGACAUGACCUAAAAGUCUUAGUUACCAGGUCAUAAAAUCUCUUAAAAAAAUGCACUAGAGCUAAACUCUUGUCGUUUCAAUUAAUAUUUUGGCUAAUAAAUUCAUAUAUUAAAAAAUAAAAUCAAUUACUUACGACAUAAGUGAAAUAUAGAAUCUGCUAAGCCAAAUGCCCGAGUUACUUUUAGAUCCAAAUAUCCGAUUUUGGGUGUUUCUACCCAUUGUCAUAAUUACAUUUUUGGUUGGAAUUGUGAGACACUAUGUAUCACUUAUACUGUCCUCUCAAAAAAAGAUUGAACUUAUUCAGGUUCAAGAUAGUCAAGUAAUGAUACGUGCGAGGUUGCUUCGAGAGAACGGGAAGUAUCUACCUAGGCAGUCAUUUGCUAUGCGUCGCCACUGGUUUAACAAUGAGGAAACAGGCUAUUUCAAAGUACAGAAAAGAGCUGCUGCUUCACAGAAUCCUAUGACAGAUCCAGGCAUGAUGACUGACAUGUUGAAAGGUAAUCUGACAAAUGUCUUGCCUAUGAUUGUCAUCGGAGGAUGGAUUAACUGGAUGUUCAGUGGUUUUCUUACAACCAAAGUACCUUUUCCGCUGACUCUGCGAUUCAAGCCGAUGCUUCAGCGCGGCGUUGAGCUAGCGUAUCUGGAUGCUUCAUGGGUGUCAUCAGCUUCAUGGUAUUUCCUCAAUGUAUUCGGUUUGAGGACGAUAUAUGCACUUGUACUGGGAGAAAAUAAUGCUGCCGACCAGUCGAAAAUAAUGCAAGAGCAGAUGUCUGGAGCGGCAAUGGCGAUGCCUCCCGACCCCAAGGCUGCCUUCAAGGCCGAGUGGGAGGCUCUGGAGAUCACCGAACAUAAGUGGGCGCUUGCCAACGUCGAAGCAGACUUAUUACAAAGCAAUACGGAGUGAUCCUAGUUUAUUUAUAGACUACUCUAUCAGAUUCAAUGGUGGUUACCAAUAACAUUUGUAAUCGUAUUCAAAAAAUUUUUUUUUCUUUAUGAAUGGAUAGUGACACAUACACUGGGGAUUCUAAUCACUUUAUGUAAGUGGUGGUAGGACGUCUUGUGAGUCCGCGCGGGUAGGUACCACCGCCCUGCCUAUUUCUGCCGUGAAGCAGUAUUGCGUUUCGGUUUGAAGGGUGGGGCAGCCGUUGUAACUAUACUGAGAUCUUAGAACUUAUAUCUCAAGGUGGGUGGCGCAUUUACGUUGUAGAUGUCCAUGGGCUCCAGUAACCACUUUACACCAGGUGGGCUGUGAGCUCGUCCGCCCAUCUAAGCAAUAAAUAAAAAAAAAAAAAACGUAAUUCAAUGUUUUACUUAUAGAACCACUUACACACGUAUAGAUAGUCUACAAACAAUAGCGGGGCGGGUGACUGUUGCGUGCUCAGCGAGCUGCGUCUGUGGUUUAAUAUACUCGCCGAGCCAUUCGUCGCAAGCCACGGGCUCGACGAGAACGAUGACCGGAGGUCGGGCGACUUCAACUAUCAGUAUUUGUCGAAUGGCUAGUAAACGCACACAGACAUAACACAUACAUAUGGGUAACAUCACGCGAGUUACUAGUAUUUGCGGUGGCUGAGAUUACCCCCUGCUCCCCUAUGGCUUUACGGUAGAAAUAAGAAGGGUGGCGACAUCUACCCGUGCGAUAUACACGCCAGUUUAUUAAUAUAAGGCAAUAUAAGUGCCGCAUUUAAGGGUAGGCAGCGACUUGGCUCUGCCCCUGGCAUUGCUGAAGUCCAUGGGCGACGGUAACUAAUCACCAUCAGGUGGGCCAUACGCUCGUCUGCCUACUAGGGCAAUAAAAAAAUAAUUGAAUAAUAAAACUUGGUUUUUGAUUUAAAUGAUGUAAAUGUUGAUCUAUAUAUAUAUUUAUUUAUUAAAUAUAAUAAAUUAUUUGUCGGUACAAAUAUCUAUGUUACUGCUUAGUCUACACGACAUCGUUACUGUCAAAUAUGUAGUAAGAUAAUGAUCAAAAUGAUCAAAUGUGUAGUAAGAGAUUAAUGUGCCGAUAGUAUUAAUUUGUGUAUUUGUUGUAAUAAAGUUGAUGGGUUGACUGGAGAUUUUAUUAA